GAGCGGGAAGGGGCAAGAUGGCGGACGCUCCACGUAGCCCGAAAUCUCCUAAGACACCACAAAUAUCUCCUUUGUCGCCACGUCAAAACAAUGCAGAAUCUUGUUAGUAAAAUGAUUACUGUUUAAGGCUAAUAAUUAUUCAUUUCCUCUGGUUAUUUACGGUAGAGAUACUGAUUUGAAUAUAUUUCCUCAGUUCAUUGGGAUGCCGAAAUGGACAGUGAUUCCCUCUUUUCCAGUCACACUGUUGAAGAAAUCCGAGCCGUAGAGCACAAAACGAGGCCAGUCAUUAGCCGGAUCGUUAUUUUGAAUAUCCAAGAAGUAUAUUAGACAGGAAGAGAUUUUAACUCAAUUUUUUUACAACUUGCAGGGGUGACAUUGAGAGAAAAAAAGAAGAUCUUCGCUUGAUGGUUGGGUAAGGCUUUAUAAACUACUUCCUUGUAUAAGCUAAAUUGUUUAAGAUUUAUUUGUUUCUUCCUAGAACUUCACGGGGAGAUUUCAGUUCUAAAUGUCAAAUUUUAGUUUAAGCACAGUUAAAAAGUUGCUUCUUACGACCUAGUACCGCCAUGUAAAUAAAUUCUACGGAAGAAUCACCUCCCUAAACCGCUAAAAAUUUAACUUGGACAUUAUGCAAAUAUCUGUUGUGUUUCAAUUUUUAUCCUUGGUUUAAAUUUUGUUUCCCUUUGUUUUAAACUCAUUAUCAUACAUCACCAUACCCAGAACAGGUGCCGAUCUUGGAUAAAUACUGACUGAUUUCCUAAACGAGCUCAAGCUUCUAGCUGGGUCCCCCCGAAAUUUUUUGGAUUUUUACACCUUAAAGUCCCCUUUCCUAGGUUUCUGAGUCAUUCAGACAGGAUAUUGGCCAGAUUUCAACUGGGAAAGUGUUUUUUAUCACUGAAAAUUUAUCUGUUAUGAAAAAUGUGACCGAUUUCCAUAAGAUAGUGGAAACCGGUGUUAAUCCAAUGUUGGCUUAACAUUUUAUCUGGUUCUCCAUCUUGUCUUCAACAGUACAGACAAGUGAUUUCUGUUUUCAAUUAAUAUUGAAUAAUGCAAAGAUCUAUCUCUACAGUUCUUGUCAAAUACAGGUAACAAAAGCCAGACAUCAUUGAGUAACUGAUUUUAGAGAAGUAGUGAUGUCCCUGCAAAAAGGCUAGGUGCACCCUGUACACAUAUUCAGUUGAAUUUAAGGGUCUGUAUUGCUUAGUGGCCUGCUGUGCUGGUGUUCUUUUGAACCUGUUCCAAAUUACCCAGAGGGGAAAAAAAAUCUCAGCUGCUGAACUUGUGUUCCUUGUCCAUACUGUGAGUUAUGUAACGUUAUAUUUUCGUUUUGAUUUACGUAGUGGCAGCUAUAGAUGCCAGGGACCAAAAUCCCAGUUCAUAAACUAGAACAAGGACCUAGAACUUGUUUAGAAUUAAAGAGGUGUCUCUGUUUCAGGGAAAGAUACCGGGAUCUUAUUGAUGCAGCUGAUACAGUUACAGAAAUGAAAACCUGUGCCGGUCAGGUGAGUUAGGAUAUUGUAAAAUCUUUAUGAUGUAGCAACAGUCUUUUUGCUCAUCACCCAUCGCAAGAUUUCUUCUACAGUGUGUACUUAGUGAAGUAAAACAUCCACUGACAAUUCUUUGAAAAUUCCCAUAUUUUAUAUGGCAACAGGGUUCUCAAUAGAUUUUUAAGUAGGAGGUGAUCACUGAUAAAGUAGGAGGCUCUUCAGCAAAGCCAGAGGUGUCAAAAUAAAGCAAAGAAAAGCGACUUAAACAUAAAGUAAGCGGCUAUAAAUCCCAAAGUAAGCGGCGAUCAAUCGCCGGGUGCCGCCUUCUAUUGAGAACCCUGUGGCAAGGAGUAAAACAAAGCCAUUUAGCACAAAUUGAUGUCAAAAAUUUGCUUUCUGUGCAUGUCUGUGAGAAUUUAACAUCAACAUUGGGUUAGGGAUGGAUAGGUAAGUGGUUUGCCAUAAUCUUAUACAAGGUGGAUGUUUGGGUUCUAAAGGUGGUCUGUGAGCAAACUGUAUACUUGCCAGUGAAGUAACCAGCAUGUCAUUCUAAAAAGCAAAUGGAUUGUUAAGUUAAUACGUAACCUUUGUCAUCAUAGGUGAUGAACUUUGUGCAUGAUAUUCAGAAACAAUGUAAGGAACUUCAUCUGUCCCACAAAUGCCAUGGUGUAGGUGGUACUCAAUCAACUCAACCAGCGGGAAAAGGGUAAAUAAGAUAUAACAUUCAACUAAUAGUAUACAGCCUGUAUGUCUCACAAGCACCCUAAAUGUUGACAACAAAUUACUUCAAUUUACUCUGCUGAGAUGUUAGAGACAGUGACUUUGAGUACAUAGAUUACAUAAAAAAAAUUUCUUAGUUACAUUACUUGUCUUGUCUUAUUAUGUAGUACUAGUUUAGUACUCUGCACCUUUCUUGAGUAAGCUUCACCUUUGUGUAAACAUCGCAUAUUUAGAUAGUGGCAUCAGUUUAUCAAUAAGUGUUUAAGGAGUUUGACAAAAAGUUAAGUAGCAAGCAAAAAUUAAGGCAGCUAUUUAUGUCUGCUUGCUUACUCUUACACAUUACUAGGGUGCUGACAGAUUUUGUUCUAUUUUUUCUUAGAUCUUCACAAUCUAAGAAUGGUUUCUAUGCCAUUGCAUCUCAGAUGAAGCUGUUAGUAGAUACUCCAGAAAAGGUAUUGUUUCUUUCUGACAAAUGUGAUGCACUGUUUCUCUAAUCUAGAGGGGAAAACAGUAAAGAAGUAUAUGAAUAAUUGGUAAAGCUGUGGAGAGUGUACUACACUGAAGUAUACUUGACUUGGAAAGAUAAUUGAAUCAUGUGUUACACUGUACCUGUAUUCUUGAUGGUCACUAUAUUAAAGGGGUGGAGGAAAUUCCUUCUCUAGACUGUAUGUAUAUAGAUAAGUUAUAGCAUUCAAUCUAAGUUGUAAUUACACUGUUUUUCUUUAUUUUUAUUUUUCUUUCUUCCCAUCGACAUCCAUAGGUAUGGAGUGCAUUGGAGAGAAAGCAAUAUCUAAAGGCAGCUCAGUUGUACCUUUUCUCCCAUCACAUUGUUAGCAUCCUCCACAUUGACACUGGGGAUUCCUCAGCACCUAAGUUACUGGUGUGUUAAAUAUGGUUAUAAUAAUAAUAAACAAGUACUGUGUAUCAUGGCUGAAAUGAUAGGGACCUUAAGAUUGGACUUAUGGGUACAAGAUUGAGUAUGAUUACAGAUUUUCAAACUAAAUUUGUGUGCCCCAUUAUAAUAAAAUUACCUGGCCCACCAAUCCUAUCCCUAAGUUUAGAGCUACUGCUAGUGUGAACUUGCUGUGGACAAAAUCAUUUACACUUUGGCAGUAUAAUAUAUUUUUAGGAUUUUCUUAUUCCAAAUAUGCCUCAGUGGUACAGGUGUAUUAAAUCAAAGCACUUAUCACCAAACAAAAAAAUAAGCAUUAGUAAAGGCAGCCAUAAAGUUUAGUCACCAACUUGGUAAGAUGAAGAACUUGUCGUGGCUUCUAAACAUGAAAGCACACUGAUAGAUAUAAAAUGAUUGUUGAAAUAGUUAAUCUGUUGUUUGAACAUUGUUUUUUUCUCCUUACUAUGGUUAACAAUAUUUUAUAAUUGUUGAACAUUAGAUUGUUUCUUCAAUGUUAUACUUACAAUCCUCUCUAUCUUUGUGCUUUGCAGUCAUCGUUCCCAAUUUUACCCAAACAGUGGGCAGCAAUCAGUCACUUCAAGGAUUCCAUUCUUCAGGUAGAGUUUAGUAGUACUUGGCUAAGCUCAAAAAUGCUAUAAUAGAAGAAGUGAAGUAACAUUAGUUCAUUGUUAUUUAAAACACUGAAAUUUCAAAGAACCUGCUUUUAAUACAGGUGUCAUUUCAAAAUAGUGUUUUCAUUAUUUUUCUAAAUAGGGUAGCCGUGCUUUGUUAAAGGAUGCCACUCAAACUGAUGAGGUAAGAAUACUAGUGUACGAGCAAUGAAGAACAGAAGAUCGUAGUGUGGAUCCUCUCCAUUAUGUUUAUAAACUACAUGUAAUAAGGGUAAUUUCUUUUGAACACAUUAUUUCUCAUCAGAUGCUUGCAGAGUCAUUGUGUUCAAUUCUUCUUUUGGAGGAGAGCUCACCUCGUCAAGUUUUUACUGAAUUUAUCUUGGCAAGAAAGGCUGCAUUAAAAGAGAUCUUUCAUCCAUGUCAGCAUGGUGAGAUAUUCUAUUUUCUGCUGCCAUUUUCUUGAAUUAUUAGAGCCCAUGUAGGGCUCUGAUCCUUGUGCCACUUGGAAAUCAUUAGAUGUAGUGAUUGUAUAAUUGCAUGUGUUCAUAGGUGUGUAGUCUGUGUGUAUAUGUAUGCCAUGUGAAAAUUAUUGUACUCGUUGUAUUUUGGAAUAAAUGAUUAUUAAGAAAAACUUGGAAAUCAUUUGAAUGGCAAAUAUUUCAAAGAAAGUUAUGGUUCUUGUUCAAUCGUCUUACCGGUCACUCCUUCUUCUUGAAACUUUUUCACGUGACUGCUUCAAUUGCAAGUGUUCUUAUAAAACAGAAGACAGGAAAGAGGCAUGAAAUAAGGAGACUAUUUUUAGUUUCCUACUUCAAAAUGCCAGUUAAAAGAAUAUUUUUCAAAGAAUUAAAAUAGCAGGUCCUUUUUUAGUGACUUAGUAUCUCCUUCUGCUUGAUCCAAAUGGUCACAAAAAGUUACUAAAAUGUGAUGAAACUACAAACAGAUCAAAAUAAAUAACUGUUUAAAUGACUGUAUAUCAUCAUCAUCUCUGCAGCUACAAGUAUCAAGUCCCAAGUUUGUGAAGUUGUACGAGUCAUUCGAAACAGUCUCUAUCAAAUUCAUUCUUUGUUCUACUGUGAUAAUGAAGAUGAAGAAACUGAACUCAAAGGUUUGUUUGCGAGUAUUAUUUCAUGUUACUUUUAAAAACGUGCAAAGGGCGUUAGACUUAAUUGAAGUACAUUGUACUUUGGGUCUGAAAAAAAAUAAAUAAAAAAUAAAAACCAGGUGCCUUUAUUCUAUUCAUACCUUGGAAACCAAUGUGAAGGGAAUUGGAAUUCUUCAGUUAUUAUUAUGUAACCAAACAAAUCCAAGGCUGUUAAAGGUGCAAGAAUGAACUGUGCCAUUUCCAUGGCAUCUGUAGAGUGUCAAAAUGUUUUUACUUUGGUGUUUCCAAAUGACUGUACUAGCAGAUUUUUUUUUUUAAAUAACAAAACUUAAGAGUGAAACAAGCAAAACAAUGCUACAUGUGUAUUAGCUGUCUCCAACAUCCACAAUUGCAUGUAUUAAGAUUCAGACUGGUACAUUUAGUCAUGUUCAGUGUUCCCUAUAUUACUUGAUUCUCCAAAACCUGAAAGAUAUUUAAAUUUUGAAGUGUUUAUUAGUCUAAAACAGUAGUAUUAUUUGUUAAACUAAUCACCCCAGAGAGUAUUAUGUUCAUUACAAAACCCAUAAAACAGUUAAUGUUUUCUUAUUGUUUAGAUAAUCCGGCACUUGUGUUUAAAACUCUUGCUUAUGUUAUAAAAAGAGAAGCCUCUGCAAACAGCGAUGAGGAAGGUAAAGUAAACCCCAGCAACAAGGGAUCCUCGCUAAUACAGUAUGUCACUAACUUCCUUCAAGUAAUAAGCCAUUCUCACAAAGUAAUAUUAUAGUAUGAAUAUUUUCCUCUUAAUUAUUGUGACCUUGAUCAGUAUGAACACCUUUCCCUAGAUCCCAACUAGGAGGAUCCAACUAUUGUUUCUUUGUUUUUUUCUUUAUUGGAUGAUUACUCUGUUAAGAAUUACCAUGUACCAGUGCAUUAAUACGUGAAUGGCUUUUGCUAAUGAAAAGAUAAAGUUUUAGUGGAAUUGUCAAUAUAUAAGUUACAGAUCAAAAUUAAAUUCAAGUUAAUUUUUUUUAACUUAAGUUGAUUCUCAAUUUCCUUUGUCCCCUAUCCCUAAUUAAUAAAUAAUUUAUUAUGAAUAAUUUAUCAGAUUAUAAGAAUCAACCUAGGUUAAAAAAUUUUAACCUGAAUUUAAUUUUGACCUGUAAUUAUAUAUUUUUUUGAUGGAGAGUCACCAUGCGGGUUAUUUUUUUUAUUUGUCUUUCCCUUAUGGUGAUCUCUAAACACAGAUUUGACUCUACUAUUUACCCAUGUAUUGUUAUUGAGAAAAUAAAAAUAUUUGUGUUGCAGCAUUGGAAGCACUAUUUGGCCCUGACUUUGACUUGGUGACUAGUGCAAGAUUCCUUCCCAAAACUGUGUUAGGUAUAUGGACAUUUUACUCGAGCGAGUAAAGUAGAGCGUACUUCAGCCAUUGUUUCAUUAUGAUUUACUUUGCCCUGGGUGGCAAAUAUGUUGCUAUCGCACAUAAAGAACAUUGCGUGACUCAGCUCUGGUUCAUGAGCUCCUUGUUUAUCUUAGAUUACAUGAAUAACUGACCUUCAGUUGUUUCUACAAACUUCGGUGAUAACAAGUUUUCAUUGUUAGUAGCUGUAAUCGAUACUAUGUUAUACUUAUAUCCAUCAAUGCUAGCUGUGUGCUCCUUUGUUUUAUUCACUUUGCGUGCACGCAUUGUAUUUUCCAAUAGUAGUUUACUACGCAUUAGUUUCUGAUUUUUCCCUGCCACACACGCCCUCAAUUCAAUAAAGCUGGACUACUGGCUUGGGUGCACACCUGCUACUUUUACCUCCGCGUAGCAGGCCGGGUGGGGCCCCCACCCCACCUUAGUUUAUUCACUCCUGGGUGGGGAUGUGCUCCACUCGUUGCCUCGUCCGUUACCGUGCAGGGUGUGUCGCUGCCACCCUCACUGCACUGCUCAUUGCUAGGGUGUGUUGCUGCCACCCUCAUUCCAUUAUGUAUAUUACUAGGGUGUGUCGCUGCCACGCUUAUUGCAUGCACUUUAUGGGGUGUGUUGUUGCCACCCUUGUUUUACCCCAGGGUGCACCCAAUAACCUUUAGUCCCAUUUACUGCCAAAGACUGUGUAUGUUAUCUUGAACUACACAGUUAAGGGAUUAAGUUGUUAAUUAAUCCACCUGACAUUAAUGGACUUAACUAAUAUUGUGUUUAUGUGCAUUUUGUGUAAGUAAGAUUCAGUAAAUUAAAGCACAAGUAUAUGUAGUUACAUAUACAUGAUGACCAUGUAGACAGCGCAGUCCCAUCUCAAAGUAGGAUAUUUAAAAAUAGUCUCAUUGAUUAGUAAUUGCGUACUAAAUAAAUUGACACUUAAGUAAAGUACAUGUACUUUUUUGCAGGGUGUAGACCACAUUUGAGGGCAUUUCCAUCUGUUAUAUCCAAACAAAACAUUCAUCAUAACUGUGCAGAAUGGUUGUCAAUGUAAGCUAGCUGGCUUAUGUUUUAUUCAUUUCUUAUUUAUAUUCCCUUGUCAAUGCACUUCCUGACUGGUUAUUUUUUAACAUUGUAUUACAAAAAUUAAUGGCUUCACUACUUACUUUUAUUGUUCAGAUCAGGUUCAGUGCAUAUUGAUAAAACAGUCAUGUGCUAAUCCUAAGUUUACGCUUUAUCAAGUUUACAAUGCACCCAGCCUGGUCCACCAGCAUGAAUGCACACAAAUCAUUGCACAUAUUCUGUGGAAAUUUUAUUAACAAGGAUUGUACUGUGAAAUUUUCAUUUAAGGCACAAUCAUGUGCAAGAGAUUCUGCAAGAGGAAUUCUUGUUUGGUUUGUAUUUCUCUAAAAACUUAUCCUGUGUCAACAGUGAUUUUUUUAUAUUGUAUAAUGUAACUUUGAAGUAAACCAGUAUCUAGACAGAGCCCAAAACACUAUUCUGAUUCAAUGAUUCUAACCAGGUGUAUGAAGGAUGUCACCACCGGAGUCAACAGCUUGCUCAAAUACAUUGGUACUCUCAAAGGACUGGCCUCUAUUAGAGAUGCUGUGUGGGACCUGCUCAAAGAGGUACCACUCCUGAAUCAUUUUGCUACAUCUGUACCAUACUACAUAAUGAACUAUGUAUGCAUGUUAACUGCUGUUCUGCUUUGUCGUAUUAGGUUUUGCUUUUCAUAAAAAUAUAAGUAAGGAAAACUAUAACUACAAGAAAACUGGUGACUACUUCGGACAGAGGGUUGCAGGAAUGGACAAUUCUCUAAACUGACACAUAUUAAGUUGGUCUGUACAGCAUGUCAGUCUUUUUCUUUGAUGUCUGCAUAAGGGACAUACCUGUCCAAGUCGGAGUUUUGGCACAUGUAGCUUGGUAGCUAUUCAGUUUGGGCCAAAGACUAAACUGAUGAAUGUUUUAUAUGUUAAGGCAAACACUGAAAUGCCUCUCUAAAGGAUUUAGUCUUGGGUGAUGUGAUUUUAGCACGGCAAUAGGUAUUUACAGUCAUUCCAGCUGUAUAAGGCCAUUUUUGUACAAAUAUGCCACACGUGUAUUUGAGCUUAUACACUGUAGAAUACUACUAAAUUUGUAAGUAAAUAUCUGGAUUGACAUGCUUACUGCUGUUGAAUCUGAAAAGAUUUGCAUUUUCUAACUUUGACCACAAAGCACAACUGAAAAUUCCAGUCAUUUCCUGUCCAUGAUAAAAAUUAGCCCCUGUUAAGUUUUUGUGUUGAAAAAUAUUGUUUAGCUCUUUUAGAUGAACGCUUUGGAAAUGUCAAACUCAUAGUGUAAAAUUAAGUGAAUGCCAUGUGUGACUUGAUGAAAGAAUAACCCCCAGUCACAACUUUACUUGAUACGAAGUUUUCGUUGUGAUUAUCUGUUUGUUUUUGCUUGAAAGGCAGAGAAGGCAGUUGGUUCAGAUGAUCAAGAUUUAGAUUGGUCAACUCUUUGUAACAGAGUUCUUGGACGUGAUGUAUCCAUCUGGGCGGAGUUUCUUCAGCCCCUGUUUCUUAACAGAGCAAAGGUACUGCUGCAGACUGGUACUAUUGUAAGCUACUGCCCCCACCCAGUUAUAGGCUCAUCUACCAAUAAACAAUAAUCUAUAGCUGAAUUUACGCUCCCCUCCAUCGAUAUUAAUUCGAUUUAUUGUACGUUUCGUUGCUUAAUUAAAAACCAGUAAAUGCAAAACGUAUUUUGAUCAGCACUGGUAUAACUUAGCUUGUUUCAUAAUGCUUUUUCUAUUUCUAUUUUCUAUUUGUAAGUCCCUUCAUAUAUAAGCCUUCUCAAAAACCCUUUACGAAGGUGUAUAUGCCCGGCCAGGGCUUAUAAGCGGCAGUUUACGGUGUGACGUGAUAAAAGGUUUCUCUGACUUCUUUCUUAGUUACCAUAUCUAUUUAUUAACUACUUAUUUGUUUUAUUCAUUUACUUAAGCUAAAUAAAUCUGAUGUAACUUUUUGUUCGUUUGUUAGUUUGUUUGUUUCUAUACAUGUUUGCUAGAUAAAAUCCCAGUGUCUCUAGUCCAAUUUUUCUUGCAUUGCAGGUUAUUUUGAAAGGUCUGUUUGAUGCCACUGUGACGUCUUGUAAGAACUUAAUAACCAAAGCUCAAAGUGAUAUCAGUGAUUGCAAUGUCACUGUCCCUUCUGUACUAUGGGAAAGGGACAUUGCCGUGUAUGUGUGGCAUGAGAGUCCAAAUGAUGUUCCCAGAACUGACAGUGCGGUACUUAAUGAGCAAGAUAGUGGACUUAUACUAAAGGCACGAGCCUGCACUCCUGUUGUACAGAGGUAAAGUGUCAAGCUUUUUUUCCGACUGCCCGGCAUGGGCAAAGCAAAUCAUGUCUUCUUACGGUUCAACCUCUCCCUAAGUACGCAUAUAUAGAUUUAGUCAGGGCUAAAAGCGAAGCUCUUGUUAAUUUAAUUACGCAAACAAACAAUAAAAUGGUGUAAUGCUAAACAGCGAGGGCAGUGAGAAUGGCAACAAAACUAAUAGGUCUAAUUAGCCAAAACAAACAACUUUGCACUCACAGCAAACUUUUUUGUCCUGUUGUUGUUGCACGACUAAAACGUGAAGCUUCCUAGUUACACGUUUUAUGGAGGAUCGUUUCGCAUUGUUCGCAAAAAAAUUCGAUCUUGUGUUCCUGUUCGCGUUUUUUUCACUGUUGCUCAUUUUUCAUCUUGCUGAAGCUAUCACUUCUCAUUUUCUCACCGCCUCAAUAAAAUAUUCUUGUUGUUCUUUCAGCGAAAUUCGUCUCCUUAGUUUUGCGUCUUCUGCGCUCGCUCUUUCUCUGUUGUCCAUGUUAGUGUAGAUGUUGCGGUUCAAUUUUAUCCUUGGAGCGUUUACCAUUUGUAUGGAAAACCCGGAAAUUCCGGGGAGAAUUCAAAUGGAGCGGCUCAUCCCGGCUGAAAUUAAGUAAUACCCUUCGAGAUAUUACCUUUUUUCCGUUUUUACCGAAACGACCGAAAUUUUCUGUACCAUUUGUUUGGUUUACUUGUGUCAGGCUUCAUGUCGAGAGAAAGCGAAAAAUUUACCGGUACAAGUCAAUCCUGCUUUCGAUGCCAAAAAACAUACCAGUACCAUUUGACGGUAAGUUUUUCACCGAAAUUUCCGUACAAAUGGUAAGCGCUCCUUGUUUAAAUUGUUUUCUUUUGUUUGGAAUUCAUUAUCAUGCAUUACCAUACAAGGAUAAAAUUGAACCACAACAUAGACAUCAAAAUUUAGUCGAAAAAAGAUUCGGCUUUGUUGUUGUUUUUUCAGUCCGGGUGGCCGGCCGUGCGAGUAGUAAAUGUGACAUUUGACAUCGGCUUACUUGUAGGUGAAAGUGAAACAUAUCUCCAAGCUCAGACAUCAGUGAAUUGCAAUGAGGUCAGAAAGGCAAACAUCCUUAGCGAUACAAUCAACUUUUAAAAGGAUUUAUCUUUACUGGCCAGGCCAUAUAGCCAUAACUACUCUCUUUUUGUCUUCUUCAGAUUGUGCAAGGCCGUUGAUGAUAAAUUAGCAGCAACUCUUGAAGAUACUCAAUACUUUAUCGUGGCUUCCCAACAGAAUAAGGACACGAGACUGUCCAAGAGAACUUCAAUGAGUAGAGUCUCUGACUUAAGCUUUCUUUCUGGAAACAAAACCGUCAUCAAUGAUUUGGAGCCAUUUGACCGAUUUGGUGAUUCCCAACACAUCCAAUCAUUCCUGCAAGAAACAUGUUUCUCAGCUUUUAAUCAGUAAGUCAUUUUGCAUCAUCAUUCUUGCCCAAAAGACGUUGUAUUUGGUCUUGAAUUGUAAAAGUUAUCAUUGUCAUUACGGUAAAAUACUUAUUUCUCGAACCCUCGAUUUUUUGAAUCUCCCAGUUGUUUGAAUCAAUUUUUCCCCAGGGGAGGGGGGGGGGGGUAAAUUUCAUAGUUUUCGAACUUUUCACGAUACUUCACUGAGUUUAAAUCCAUUUCCAUUGUUAGGUUAUUAAAGGGACAGAAACAGUUUCAUCGUUCUCAAAAGUUUUUAAGCUGAUGUACAACGAGGUAGAAGAUAAUUAGCCUGUACCUGGGCGAACGCUGAAAAGUACUCACUUACUUGGCACAAAAAUUCCGAACUCAGCGUUCAUUUGUCAGCACCUUUUACAAGCCUCAGUAAUCAGAUUGAUGAAGAGCUGUUAGAUUUGCCUUUGUUUUGCCAAUAGUUACACCCUAGUUAUAUCCAGUGAGAGCCUGAGGAAAAACUGGCCUGCGUAGAUGGCGGGAUUGUUAUGCGCGGGGCGUAUUUUCGCGAUUUUGACUCUUUCCUAAUUUUCUCGAGGCUUUGCCGCCAAAGCAGUACAGCACUCGCAAGCUAAUCUGCACUCAUAGGCUAAUUCUGCCAGCCAUGCAAGCCACUAGGUGAAAAGGAAAUCGUUGGUUUGCACAGUUAACAAUGUCAAUUGAAGCGGGCUUUUUUUUAUGAUGAAUCAGAAUCAAGCGAAGAAAGUCUCGGCAUAAACUCUCAGUAAAUUGUCACAAAGACGUCAGUCAGCGCAUGUUUUUUCUUUACAGCUUGUUACAGUUUAUUGAUGAGGUAAUAUCCAAUCACAAGGAGAGAAUGUUGUCGGGUUCAGAUGAUGUACUCGCGAAGAAAUCACAGUCUUCCUUUGACACAAUCUGCAUUGAUAGGUAGUUUUUCUUUAUCACUACAGUUAAUAUGAGUUAAUUAGUUUUAGAUAUGAACUUCGUGGGUUGUGCGAAGACCUAGAUUAUCAUUGGCUGAUUGUAGUGUGUCAACAGUCUAUAACGCGUGAUUGUGUUAUUAACCUUCUCACCCCUAUUCUUUAUGAACUUUCCAGGGUACUUUAACUCAGAAUUUUUAUUAUCUGUCAUCCCAAAACCCUUUUCCCAUUUAUUUAUGUCGCCAUUUGGUGACAAAAGUAGUUGUCAUUCCGUACUUAUAUUUCUGACUUGUCCGAGCAGUCUUCGUAACGAGUUCGGCAGGCUUCGACAGAGGCAACUAAGCACGAGUCAGCUGAAAGCUGUGUUUACCCGGCAACGGACAAAUUUUCGACCGGAUGAAAAAAAUUUGACCGGAAACUUCCUUCACACGAGAGCGUUUAAUAUUUUCGCUCUGGUCCUAGUACCAGAGGCAGGCGUGUGUAGUUUCCUGAGUGUUUUGUCAGUAGCUAAUUCCACACCUUAUCUGACCUUGUUUCACGUCUCAUUGUCUUUCCUACAUCUGCGUAAUCAGAAGCCCCAUCUAAGAGCUGGUUUUAUGUUGAUGUUAUUAUAAUUCACAGAGUUCUACUCGUUGGUCGAUUGUGUCACUCAUUCACUGAACAGUGUCCUCACAUUAAGCUUGUCAUGGAUGGAGGAAAAACAGAGUCUAAACUCACAGCAACACCUAGGUCAGUCAUUUCUUGAAGUUUACUUGAAAACCUUCUUCCCUUGUUUUGUACAAGUCAGAAUUCUCCGUCAUAUAAUAUUUUGUAAAACAAUUCUGUGAAUUUGUUGAAUGAUUUACGUCACACAGCCAACUCUAUCACCUCGCUAACACGGAAUAUUAGUGCCUGUGCCGGCGGUCUCUGUUUAAAGGGAUGCAGCCUUUUUCAUCAAACGUCGUCGAAUUUUAAGGCCUCAAGCCUGCGCGAUAAGGCCACACAAAGUCGUGUGUAGCCUUCACAUAGCUCGUACAAUCUUAAAAAGGUCAAGUCGUCUUGAAAAGUCCCUGAAUUUGGUUAAGGUUCUUGAAAAGUACUUGAUUUCUUUGUUAGGUCUUGAAAAGUCCUUGAAAAUCACUGCUUUGUUUAAGCUACACCGUUUUCUUUGAAAUUAGAUUACUUGUCGAGGAAAAACUGAUCGGUAACGUAAAAACAUUUUUGUUCAUUUUUUAUAUGCUUUUUCUGCACCACAGAUGCAACUGCAAGUUAUACUCAGUGACUGUUGCUAUGCAAAGUGUUGUUAUGGAAAGUAGUAAAAAAUAAUUGUGAUCAACCAUGGCUGAAGAAGAAAACAUCGUGUAUGAUUUUAUUAAGUGUUUUAGCCAAUAAGGUGUUCAAAAGGGGGUUAAAAAAUGCCGAUUUCUUGAAUAAAUCUUAGUCCUUGAAAACUUUUAUUUGUCCUUGAAUAGUCCUUGAAAAGUCCUUGAAAUAUGUUUGUCACCUUGUCAUUCGGUCAUAACUUUCUCGGUUGUCAUUGCAGUAGAAUUACAGAAAACGUCCCAAACAUUUACUUUUGUGAUUGUAUGGCAGAAAAAUAGUUUCAUAGUUGCGUUUGGUGAGCACCUGGUUUCGUAAGUACAUAGUAUUUCCACGAAGUUUAUCUCGUUUUAGCGAUUUAUUUUGUUGUACUGUACUUUGCCAUUGUUAACGCCACUAUAUUGUUGCCAACAAUUUUUUUCUGUGAUGUAACAUUAAUUAUAUUUUACAAAAUUUCACAGCAGAAAGUCUUCAAGUUCUCUGCGAAAGAAGGUUUGUAGUUAAAUUGUUCACAUAUGAGCUAACAAGCAUCUGAUCUCUCAGACGCCUCGUUUCUUGUCAUAAGCGGUGUUUUAUUCUUCCUCUAUGUUUUAAGCAUAAAUUCUUUGAAAAAAAACUAUCCGUUCAUUAGAAAAAAUCCUCUUUCAAAAAAUUAAGUAAUACUCCCCUGACGUUCUCGCAUUAUGUCGUAUGCGAAGUACUUAUAUAUAUUCGCUGAAAAGUCUGUAAUGAACUAGUCAUGGAAAAAAGCUGACUCUUACUUCAUGAACUUCGCUUGUGGGAUGCAUGAAGGAUGAAAAACUAUGGGGUUAUCUCGCAGCGAAAGCUAGCCAUCAAGUAAGUAUAGAGCUUCUCUUGACCUUUGUCACGAGUGGUUGUAAUUUAACAGAAAGGAAUGGCAUUUUAUGGACAACCAAUCGUAAAAUCUUAUUUCUUCCUGCUUCCUAGAGCCUCUUUUGAUGACGUGGCCUUUCAAUUGGCGUUUGGUUUCCUCUAACCAUGCACAUGAAGACUAGUCGUGUAAUCAUACAGUCGUACAAAUUUAAGUUCUUUUUUUUUCCUUGUUUGCCGUUGCAGUGCGCGCCUAUCCAACGGACAAACCUCUCUCCCUCUUUCUUUUUGUAGGAAGAACAAAAGAAAUCCAACAAAAUGCUGGAGCUUGCCAGUCUUCUUAGUGAGAGAUACUUUGCUGCUUACAGGUAAAAGUGGAUUAUAAUAAGUAGCCGAUCACCUUCGUGAUUAGGGGGCAAUGGAAAUACCUCUCCAGAAAAUUCGAAUUGCUUGCUCGUUCUGCCUCAGAGUAAUUCGUUGUCGAAAGUACGAAGCAACUGCGCAGCUGAAUUCUGAAUGACUUUCUAGUUAAGGACUUUUGCUUCAACUAUUUCUAUGAAAUUUAUUUGGCAUAUUUAUCAAGCCCUGUGCAAACAAACGCAACAUUGUUGGAUGUUACGUGUUGCGUCCGUUUGCACACCCAGUUGCAUGUUGUUGGGAGUUGUUGCGUCCCUUUACACGUAGCUUUACAUGAUAUCAAUAAUACUGAACUGACACCAGAAAUUUAGCAACGCUUUUCACUAGUCAAAAGACAAGAUUUUCUUCGACACGUAGUAUCGAAUUGAGGGCUAAUUUCAUAAAAAUUAUUUACCACCAGUAAAAUCGAAUUUAUUUCCCAUUAAUUAUUCCUGAAUGACAGCUGUAGUUUCGUAGCCAUCGCGUUAAAACCGAAAACGUUAUGACAAUAGCUCUCCAUAGCUCAAAGCGCCUGUAGUGAUAACCGAGUCACAUUCAUAUCUGCCAAUUCCACGUAUAAUCUUUGUUUUAUCACAAAUAUAUAUUUAUUUCAUUUCUUGUCAGUAAUUUUUUUUCAAUACUUCUACUGUCGGGUAAAUUCGGUUUUAAAGUGACGCUUUUCCUUGUGUAUAGGUUGUGGAUAGAGUGGAUCUCGGCAUUAUUUUUAUCUUCGUUAGAAGCAACGUUAAUACAUGGUGGCAAGAGUUCGUCUUUGUUAUCAAUGACCGUAAGUCAAAGUUUAUCCACUGAUCCCUUCUAGUGUAAAUUCCUUUAGUUUUUUUAAUUUAUUUCAUCAUUGUAGACUUUCUUUCCAGAAUACCUACAAACCCGGCAGUCAAAAAUUUCAGCAUUUUCAGUUUCUGGGGAACCACCAUAACACCUUUCACGGGGUUGGUGUGUCUCAUUAACAGUUUUGCGAGUUUGUUAUUUAGAUUACAGUUCCUCUGGUAUAAAAAGGGUCUAAGAAUAAGUGGUUUAUUUUGAACUCCUGAAAGGUUCGCUGGUUCAUUAUUAGCGGAGAAGACAUCGGGAAAACAGAUGAGCAUUCUCGGUGCUUGACCAGCGUUAGUCGUAUGGUAGAGUGACUGGAAGUUUUUGCACCCCUCUUCUUUACAUCAUAUGUGGUCUGCUCGGCACUAACGUUUGGUUUUGUGGAACGUCAAUGAAACGAGCCGCUCGUAACUUAGCCUCUUCAAAAUGACCCAGUCUCAGUAGUAAAGCGCCGACUGUGAAAAAAGAAUGUUAAUUACCGAGAAAAUAACUGCGCCAAAAGAAUACUGGCCAUUAAAAUUCAAAGUUGCACUCUUCUCCGGGCGAUUUUAAUUCAGUAUAUCUGAAACCUUCAGUGCUUCUCUUUUUCAGAACUGGGAAGAGAUUAAGAUUGAAGAGGAAACAGAAGAAGGCAAGAAAGUGGAGUCCAUUAUAAGAGUUCCUGCUCAGGUAUUUAGUCCUCAAUUCUAGAGGAAACUAGAAUUGGGUUUUUGCAACUACAAUGGUCUGUGUACAGCCCCCCCUCCCCGAAAAAAUCGGAGAAGAGGCCAAUUUUUUCUCAGGGGAUGGGGAGGGGGCGGCGGUACACAGGCUACAACUACAAUAUCUUACUGGAUUUUGUUUUGGUAAACCAAUUUUGGUGAUUAUUAUUUUGAUGCCUCUGAAAUUAUGUUGUACUAAGGCCCCGUCCACACUAUGCAGGAUAAAUGUUUAAACGCAACUUUAAUACGGUUAGUGUACUGUCUACACUAAGGGGUUAUUCAGUUCACAUGGUACCAGAAUGACUUUCAUUCUGGAACGAGUUCAUUCCAUCUCCAAAUAUUUCUCUACAUUUGUUUACAUGAUACAAAAGCGACAUUUUCAAUCUGAAUGAAAUUCUCGUUCUGGUAUGACUGCAGUUUCAUUCUGGUAUCAUGUAAACUGAAAACGAACUUCGUUCCGGAUUGAAAAUCGCAAACCGUGUUAAAACCGUGUAGUCUCGCGCGAUGUUCGAUUUUAUUGUGUGAAUGCAUUACGAACUUCACUCUGGAACGAAACUCAUUCCAGAGUGAAAGUCAUAUCAGUAAACAGCCCCUAAUCUGGAUAAAUUGUUCCACGGAAUGAAAAAGGACUUUUUGAAAACACAUUAUUUUGAAAGUGGAUGAGUUUGAGAACACCUGCUUUGUGUUUUAGUGUGGACGAAUAGCAUUUUGAAAACGCAACUUUUCGUAAACGUUUUUCCAAGUGGCUGUUUACUCGUGUUAAAACUUUUCCGUUAUUAAUUUUUGUCCUAAAAAGAUGCGUUUUAAAAUUUAUUCGGUCGAUUGCGGACGAAAAAUAUGAUUUUAUGCGGCCUGUUCGAAUUGCUUCGUUUUGCAAUUUAUCCGGAGUAAUGCGGUCGCGGCCUGAAUUUUUUAAUGUGUUCUGGCAGUCACGGUUUAAGUAAGAUGAGACAAUGUGAAAAUGGCUCGAUACGUUUGGUUAUGUAUUGAGCACAUAUCAAACGGAUAAUAGGCUUCUGACAUUAGUAAAAUUUCAGAGAAGUCAUUCUAGUGCAGUCGAAGCUCACCUUGCGACCACUCUCGUAAGCGACCAGCUCUAGUUACGAUUACCUUUGUGAAACCUCGUUUGAACUCUGACUUAAAUUUUGUAAUUAAAAGCUCUCGUAAGCGACUGCAACCACUUUGAGAACCAACUGGACUUUUACUUUGUUUUUAAAACUUUAAUAAAACUGCACACUGCGCUAAUGGUUCGUUGAUAAAGAUGUUGAGGUUAUUUUGGUCUAAAAAAUUGUACUUAAAGUGUAGCCGUGUUUACAUCCGCAGAUUUAAAGACACUCAUUAAACAGUAAUUUCGUUUAUUUUUUCGUAAUGAGCUAUUAAUGACUUUCUAAAGUCCUCGUAGUGACCAGCUUUAGAUACGGCCAUUUCUUCGAAUUUCCGAGGUGGUCGCUUAAGAGAGCUGCAACUAUAUCUUUAUUCAGUUUCCAGACUAAAUUAUUUUUUUCAUGUUGACAGGUUUCAUCACAUGUGACCUCCUUGUUGUUCAGUCUUUGUCAGGAACUUAACAGAACAGGGGCACACGCUUUAGACAGGUAUCCUAUACCAAUAGUGUCUUUCCCAAGAUACCCUGGGCAGAUUUUGCGUAACUUUUAAUUUCUUCGUUUUGGAGUUAAGUUUUUUGAAAUUUGGACUAAACAGCUCUCGACAAUUCCCAGUCCAAGUGCACCCACCCCAUUAUUUCUCUCGUAACGGUAUAUUCAACGUGCACUAGCGUGUUAAUAGAUGUGAGAAAUUAGUGUUUGUUUUCUAUUUUGGGUGUGUUCGAUUGUCUUGUGCAGAAUGACAAUAUUAAGAAAGGUUCUUACACUGAUUCCUUUUCAUCUGGCCUGCCGUGUUUUGACUCAAUGGAAUGUCAUGUACAUCUUAUUAUCGUAUGUCACUGAGUCCGGCGCGGUCCCAAAAACAGUUCCUUAGGUUACUUCAUAACCUGAGGAGGGAAUUCAAGUAAACAUUUACGCGAAAAACCGAUAUCUCGAGGCGAUGAUUGCGAAAUCUGUCUUUUAACAUCCCAAUUCCCCUCAUGUUAUCAUAUAACUUGAAUUCUUUGGUUACGUCAAUCCAAUUUCUUAUUUAUUUUCAUGUUAGGAAACUGUUACACGAACUUGUCACGUGCCUAUCACGUGGUGUUUUAUUAAGGCACGAGAAACUUGUCAACGAACACAAAUCUACUCUAACCCAGAACCAGGCCCUGCAGGUCAUGUUUGAUCUAAAGUUCAUGACGUCAAUCCUGGUAGGAAGAGGCGAGGGUGAGGGUUCGGAAUUCACUAAUCGUCUCGAGAAAGUACUCGACGCGCUGGAAAGCUGUGUCGACCCGUUUGAUCUUGAUGUAUUUUCUCCUUACAUCGCUACAAAUCUCAACAAGCAACUUCAAAGAUGUGGGGUAUGUGUAUAAACAAACGAUAAUUAUUUUGUAUUCUUUCGAGUAUAUGUCAAAACCAAACGCUUAUUUACGGCUAAGAAAUCGGGCUGUGGGUACGUUUAGCCAAUAAUAAUAUUAUUUUGUUAUUAUUUUUUCAUUAUGCGCGCGUGCUUUGUUUACUGAUUUUAUUGUCAUGUGCCUUAAACGCAUGGCAUUUAUUUAUUCCUUGUCAGUAAUUGUGCUCACAUUGUGGGUGGUUCUUCCUCAAAUUUUUUACAAUUGGUAUACGAUUAAUAGGCAUCCUAUUAAUGAACCGUUGAGACUUAAAGAUGUUUCCGGCAAUCACAACUUGCCGUCUGUCACCUUCUAAUUCGUAAAUCGAUUGACAAUAGGCAAUUUUUGUAUUUCUUAAAAAAAAGCCUCACUUUCAAAAUGAAGCUAAGGGCAAUGUCUUUGUAGUAAAACUUGAAUUAAGUUUAUUUGCCUGAAAAUAAAAUAGCGUAUUCAGGGUUUAUUCAAGAAAUUGGCCAAUGAGGGUUUUUUUUUUUUUUGCUCUUGUGUUUUAUUAUAAAUUUAUAUUGAAUGUUAUAAGAGGAGUACCCAAUACAGCUGUGGAAGAAAAAAAAAUUGGCCCCCUUCUGUAAUUUUCUGGGGCCCUUUUUCAAGAAAGGGGGUCCAAGAAAGGGGUUCCCCCAAAAGGUAUUUGAACUUACUGGUACAGACUGUUCCAUGAAAAACGAACGUUUAUUGAAAUUAUCAUUUACAGACUUGCAAGUACUGAACAUGAGGUUAUUUGGACUCUAAUGCUUAACGUAAAUGAAAGCUUCUUCCAAAAAAAAAAAUACUUAUCCUUGGGUCUAUUUUUUUUGCGCCCCAUUUGACGCGGCAACGUAAAUUUUAUGUGGCAUUUUUUUCCAAAUUGCGGAAAUCCCGCAAAGCCGCAAUCUAGAAUAAACCCUUUGUAUUAAUAUCAGUGGCUUCGCACAUAUAAUUCCCCUCACGUAGACAACAGGGAAGAUGCCAAUUGAUAUGAAAUGAGUGAUUUUGUGAUGUAUUCUCAUCGGACAGAGUGGUCAAUAUGCUUGAGACAUUUUACUUCCAGUUGACUUAAAAUCAUUUAGAUUUUUUGUGAGCGGCUUUCUAUUGUCUAUGGUAUGGAGUUCUUUAGAAAAGGUCUUCCUCGUCUGGGACAGUCAGUCUAUCGUGGACACAACUCCAACACGUAGUUUGUUCGACAGAAUUUUUUAACCUCGUUCCCAGAGUCCUCUCUCUUCAACAAACUGAACAGCACAUGACACAUGUACUUUACCGUAACUCACAGCAAUCUCGACCUUAGAGCUCUUCUGCGCAUGACAGCCAACGUACGUGCUGGGGUCAAGAAUGUAAGUCACGGCUUUACUCACAGCUUGGGCAGUACCUAACGCAUGCGUACAGCCAUAUCACCCUGGCAGUGGCAGCCGUAGACAGCUGUCCUCUCUCUUCCUCCCUCGAAAUAGGAGGAGAGAAGACACUGAGAACGAGGUUGUGGAAUGUCUUUUUAAGGUGCCUUUAAAUUUUCUGUUUGUUAAGGUUUUAUUUGGUGUGUUAGCAAGUCUGGACAAGCAUGCCACUCAUUCCUUUGGAGUCACACAUCGGCCUUCCUCCGGAUCCCAUGAUCAACACAACGUUAUGCCUUUAGCUCCCAAUCCACCACGAUUUACUCUGUUACCUCUCACGUCUCAUACAAGCGCGGGAUCUGGGGCUCAAACAACAGAUCACAUUCAUAAGAAGGUUUGGAAUACCCUCUGUUUACAAUUGGGCAGACUAUUUUUUAACUGCCUAAAUUAUUAUCGUAGGGUUACAUGGAUUAAUACGCAUAAAGACGUAUUGUAGGGAACAAGUUGCGUGGAAUUUGAGAACAAUUUGAGAGAACAGCUUUUCGUUUUGUCGUCGGUGUCCACACUGAUGACGUCACCCUGGAUGCGUCAAUUGUUUUUUUUGGCGGCAAAAGCUUUAAUAACAAUCCUUUCUAUUGGGAUCUUGCCUUCUGAGUGACGUCAUAAUCAUGUCGUGGUUAAUCCUUGGUCGACUUUAGUCAGGAAUGAAGGCUUUAGUUUCUAAAGAAAAUGAGGUUCGGCGUCGUUUGGAAGCAAAAAAAAAUGUGCUUUAUCACCACCAUAAAUAGAUUGAAAAGCUGACGUUUCUAGUGCGAGCCCUUCGUCAGGGCAAAUUCACCCUGAUGAAAGGCCAGCCGUUUGAAUUAUUCUUGGAGCCCAUUAAUUUUUUCAAUGCAAAUUCCAUUUACUCGUAUAUCGGAUUACUUUCAACGGAACAUGCCGUCAUGAUAUGAUUUGUGACGUCAUUUUGAGGAACAGGAACUGAAGCUUUCAGCUAGAUCCUUAUAACAGUUGAAUUUUUCCGGGCACCAACUGCGAAUUAACAGAUAUGUCUUAACUCCUUUGUGUGUGUGUUGUCGAAGGUCUGUAUCGACAUGACACAUCACAAAAUCCUAGUUUCUUGUUCGCCGUUGCGGAUUGCGCGAUCAUCAAAUAACAUUAAACAACGGAUUAUAAAGACGCAGCACAAUACCUCCGCCACAAAAAUAGUUUCCGUAACUACAACAAACACCCUUAAAAUCUACUUCUUCCUCCUUCAAUACCCGAUGCAAUGUUGUCCAUUUUAAUACUGGCUCAAAAACGGAGACUUGCACUUCUCGAUGCUUGGCUGGGGCGGGGGGGGCAUAAAACAUUAUAGCCGCUAUAACUGGUUUUAGUAUCAGUAUGUGUCUGAAAGAAUCCCGAAACACCCCAACAAACUAGGUUUUUCUGCCGUCCAGCUAAGAUAGGCUUAACUUUGUGUGGCAUAUCAUUAUCUGGAAGGUCGUUUCAUUGUGUUUAUUAGAAAUAUUUAUUUUUUUUAGUUUAUUUAUUAUUAUUAUUUUUCAGGAAUCGUUAAAACCAAACGAAGACUUGAAGGGUGCAAUUACUCAAACAGCGUUCUUCAAACAUCACCAGUUUUUUAAUUUGAAUGUUAACCUGCGUCAAGAGCUUAAAGUGACGUAAUGUUCAUACUUUUCAAAUUUUAAUGUCAAAUGUAAAUAGUAGAAUACAGACAGUAUAUUUAGUAUGUGCUGUACAUGGUUUAAAACCAAGAGGUAUAAAAGUGCGCGUUCCAUGGCUGGCUUGAAUUUUCAUUAAAAGAAAUAAUUGUCACCGCGUGCUUCGGAAAUGUCUUGAUUCAUUCCUUUAGUUGUUAUUUCAUUUUUUAAAAUAUCGUUUUCUGGUUAGAGAAAAGCUAUAAAAAGGUCACUUUACGGAAAAUAGCAAUGACUCUAUAUUAUUUAAUUUAGCCAGCGCUUCCGUAAUUCUGUGGCCCUGCAAAAGCACUACAGCCAAUCUAUUGAAUUACUUUUUGAGAUCGCGUGCAACUCACUUGAGAACAGUUUAGUCGGACUUAAAGAAAACAUCAAUGUUUGGUGUUUCUUCGUUACUUUGUCACGAAAUCGCAUUUUAUCGCAAAAAAUGGUAAUUUUCCAUUUUAAGAACCGAAUAGCUUGAAGUGCCUUUUUUCAAGCAACCAUUUAAAAUUAUAUUUUUCCGUGUCCCCGGAUCCAGAGUUGUUUAGUUGACUUCCUACAAGCAGGACACUUUAGUUCACAGGGUGCCUUGGAUAAGAUGAAUACUGGGCCUCGAGGCAAUAAUCACUUUCUUUUAACAGAACAGGUGUAUCUGUCACCGAUCUGUCUUGCUGUGUUUGUUUGGACAGUAUAACAUUAUCCUACCGAUCUUUUUUAGGAA